AUGAAAUCUUCGAAGAAAAAAGCAAAAGAAAUUGUGAAAAUUGUAUCUUCUGAUGAUCCGGUUAAACCUGACGAUCAGUUAAUUUUAAAUCAAGAAGAAUUAGAUGAAGUUUAUGGUAAUGCUCUUUUUGUUAAAGAACCACCAACACCGCAUGCUAAAGUAAUUUAUAGCAAUAAAAAAAAAAUGUUUUUACCAAAGAAAGAAAUCACUAAUAGAAUAAAACUUUUCGAGUUGAAAACUACGUUAUAUCAUUUUGAAUCGAUGAAUGCCAUUAUACAAAUUGAAAAUGAGUUAUGCAGAAAACCAGAAAAUUUAGGUAAAGAUAAUAAUGAAUUAAUGGGUGAAUAUAUUGCRGAAGAAGGCGAAGAAGAAGAAUAUAUUGAACCGUUAAAAUUAGACGUAAACAUUGAAGAAUCAGGGUCUGUUGAAGACGUUAACGAAGAGUUGGUGGAUGAAAACUUGGAGAUGGAAGGUGAAGUUGAGAGUGUAUCGACAAAUCUCAAAAAUGAACUUGAGGAAGAAGUAGAAUCACACGUAUCAAAAAAAGUAUCUGAUGAGUCCUUUUUAAGCUUGCCAGUAACGAAAUUGUGUACUGUGGUGAAACUUAAAAACAAAUUUAACUUUUUUGACAGAGUUUCUCAAACUAAAAAAAUUAUCGUGAGGAAUAAAGAUACUCAAACCCCGAUAACUAAGAAGUUUGAUUUUGGUGCGUCUGUUUCACUUUCUGGUAUAUAUGACAUUUACGAAGUUGACUAUGCAAUACAAAUUGAAGAAAAGGAAAAAGAAAUGAAAGAGAAACUGGCCGCACAUAUGGGAAAGAGAAAAAAUAAACCUCGUAAAAAAAUACUUAUUGAACAAGACGAAAUUACGUAUGAAUUGUUAAAAGUUUCUAAGAUUCUUGAAAAAAUCAUCAGCUUAAAUGCUACGGAUUCYAUAGCACAAGAUUUUCGAUAUUAUGAAGACCCCUCAGAUCAAUUCAGGGACAGAGGAGAAGGUACCUUAUUGUUAAUGUGGACAAUGAUAUACGAAAAAGAAAAAAAAUUAAUUGUUACUGAUAUUAAUUGGAGUCCUGAUUAUUUUGACAUGUUUGGUAUAACACUAUGCAUUCCACAGUGUGAACUAACAUUUACCGAAAGUCCAGACAUUGGUUACGUGUGCUUGUGGGUUUUGAAGAAUUCGUCAUACCCAGAUUAUGUAGCUCAUACUCAAUCCGGUGCCAUGUGUUUAAGUUUUCACCAUGACUUGGGUUAUCUCCUUGCCGUUGGACUGCGUGACGGCAAUUUAGCCGUAUACAACGUCAGYUUACUGAAAAAUGAACCACAAUACUCGACGCACUCAGCUGGUAAUAAACUCAUGGCUAGUGUAAUGCAGGUAGUUUGGUGCAAAAACUUGCCUACCGGUKAGUUGAACUUCUUCUCUGUGUCUGAAGAUGGAUUGGUCUGCCAAUGGAUACUGUUACAAAAUGAAUUGUUGAAAGUUGUGAAAAUGUCUCUAGUCAUAGAUAUGUAUCCAGAAAUCGAGCUUGGUGGUAUCAAACAAACUUAUCAUGCCAGAGGUACAACGAUCUCAUUUAAUCCAACAGAUCCAGAAAUAUACUUAAUCGGUACAGUUGAAGGUUUUAUUUUUAAAUGUAAUACGGAAUGGAGUGUUUAUGUUCAGAGAUUUAAAGCUCACGAGAUGCCGAUAAACCGAAUAGAUUUUAAUAAAUUCGAUUCAAAUAUAUACCUUACGUGUAGUGAAGAUUUCGUUAUCAAAUUGUGGGAAGACAAAUCCAAAGUUCCUUUAAUAAUAUUCGACCUUCAGACGGGUUUGACGGACGUGCGUUGGUCGCCAUUCUCUAGUUCAGUAUUUGGUGUUAUCACUGUGGACUGUCGUGUACUUUUUUAUGAUUUGGACGUGAGCACUAAAAAUUGCGUUUGUGAACAGCUUAUACAUCCAACCGAAAAAUAUCGACUUGUUMGAUUAGCUUUUGACAGGAGAGUACCGUUGAUUGUGGUUGGAAGUUCAAGGGGUACUAUCGUUACGUACAAAUUGUCACCAACUCUUCGUGCGAUUAUGAAAUCUCCAAAGAAAGGAGUUCAGAUUCCUACCGAAACACUGGAGUUAGAAAAAUUGCAUACAGUGUUGAACUCAGUUAGGGAAUAA